AUGCCCACUCAACAUUUGGAAGAUUCGACUGUAAAUGAGUUAGAAUUCGAGGUAGAAAACAUAUUAGAUAUGCGUACUAUUAAUGGAGAGCCAGAGUACUUGAUCAAAUGGAAGGGACAUUCUCCUUCAAAAAAUACGUGGGAACCGCAGUCCAACUUGAAUUGUCCAGUUCUGCUGAGGCGUUUCCUCGAUAAACAUGCAGCCAUUGAGCCAACAGUAGCCACUAUCCCUGAAGGUGCAGAACCGUACGGAUUUGACCGUGGGCUAGCACCUGACUUUAUCAAUAUGGUUACUAAGAAGGAUAAUGAAUUGUACUUUCUGAUUAAAUGGUAA